AUGUACUUUCAAUAUUUUGCGGUCACUUCGUUGUUUUGUUUACUUGCUAUUGCGCGUAGCGAAGCGCCCAAGGCUCCUCCAAGUAUUGACUCACUAGGCACACUACUGGCCUUGAAAUACAAUUACCUAGACCCCUGGAACAAUGGAACAGCAGCUGUGCUGGCCUAUGAGCCUCUGAGCAACGCAGAGGCGCAGGCCAAAUGCGGUGCCAUUGGAGAACGUCUCUACCCUUUCCAGGAUACAUCUGAACUCAAUCGCACCGAAUUGGGUUACGAACUUGACUAUCUCGUCCAUAUCCAGGAUCUACAGCCGUACUCUACACUGUGGAUAGGUUCAUCUGGGAGCUCUGGGCAUGCCUGCACAGCAUAUUCUCAAAAAGAUAAGGCUGCCAUCCCGCUACCUUGCCAUAGAAAACUUCCGACAAUUUGCACCUCCACUGCUCCCCCUACUAAAGACAUACACAUGGAACGUGUGAAGUCUUCUCGGCUUUCUGUAUCGUUUGAUGACUAUAAUAUAACCGGUUAUCGUGAUGCUCGAUCAUUUAGGUUCUUGGGAAUACCAUUUGCGAACCCCCCGGUCAAUGAGUUACGGUUCGCACCUCCGCAACCAUAUACUGGACAGAAGGACAUCGACGCAACGAAUCUACCAGCCUCCUGUAUUCAAUCCCCGUCAGGCUUUGGAACUCUUGAAAACAGUCAAAUCUCAGAGGACUGUCUUUACCUGAAUAUUUAUACCCCCGUGCUACCAGCCCAGCUUGAGAAGAAUGUUACACACAGACCUGUUGCGGUUUACUUCUACGGGGGUGGAUUCACUAAAGGUAGUACGGCUAUUAUUGACUACGAUGGUGGUAACUUUGCUAGCCGGAAUGGUAUUGUCGUUGUCACUGUCAAUUACCGUGUCGGUGCCCUGGGCUGGCUUGCAACAAAGAAGCUCACUACUGGGAGCUACGGUACUCGGGACCAGAUAUUGGCUUUGAAAUGGGUUCAACAGCAUAUAACAACAUUUGGUGGAGAUCCUUCACAGGUUACUAUUUUUGGCCAGUCUGCUGGUGGCCAAAGUGUAAUUGCAAUGCUGUCUUCAAGUGCCGCCAGUGGCCUUUUCUCCGGUGCAGUUGUGCAGUCAGCUGCCCUGGAUAUACCCUGGUAUUCACGCCAGAUGUACACAGAGAUAAUUACCCCAGAGGUUGCAAAAGCUGUCGGAUGUGAUGAUGCUGAUGAGCUUGACAUGCUGUUCUGCCUGCGUUCUGUCCCUGCGGCUAGGUAUCUCGACAAUUCUACCGAAUUGAUGCAUGCAUCAGAUAAAAUCGCCAAGGCUGUUGCAGAUAACUAUCUGCAUACCAAGAAAGUCCAGGUUUCCAGCUCACCACUCAUGCCUAUUUUCGAUGACCAUGACUCAGGCAUUAUUGAUGACCAAUUUCAUACCUUGCUUGAGACCAAUCGUCUCCCAAACGCUGUCCCUAUUAUGUUGACUACAGUGACCAAUGAAGCCGCCCUCUACGUGGAUCGCUAUGUGCCUAACAUUCCUUUACUGGGUAACACCAAGAUUGUACUUGACAUAUUCUUCAAUGCUGUCUAUCCUUCUAGUCUGGCGGAGUCUCUUAUUAACUCAGACGCCUUCCCUAUCAACGCCAGCGACCCCGAUAGCCUCCGAAACACCGGUGCCAACGCUCUCACCCACUCAAAAUGGCACUGCCCUCAGGCCUAUCUACUCCAGCACGGUGCCCGUACAGCACUUCCCCAUGUCUAUACCGUCCAGAUCCAGCACGGACAUGUUCAAACUACUGUUGAUGUCCCGAAAGUCUGUUCUCCCAAUGACAACUAUAACGCCACAUGCCAUACAUCUGAUGUUUUGCCUGUCUGGGGUACCUUAAACUCGAAGACCCAGAAUGUUGACCCAUAUUACGGCUCUAGAGAUAUCAGUCACUCCCAGAUGCUGAAUGACAUCUUCAGCUCGUUCUUUCGUACCCGUAACCCGAAUCCCGAUCCUGAACUUCUCAAAAUCCGCGGUCCAGCCUACUUUUCCACUUUCGAUAUUUUUGGCACCUCUGGAUAUCAUAUACCUGAAUAUCAAGCUGACGCUGACAGCCUGUGCUCACUCGAAAUACCACCAAGUCAUAUUCCGAAUCCGGCCAAAUCUGUUGGAUGCGACGUAUUUACUAAAUACGGUUAUCCAUUCCAGCAUGUAGAUUACAGCAGUUAG